UCCGAACUUUCGGGAGAACCGCACGGAGGAAGGAGAGGAGGGAGAGAACAACGCCAUUUUUCCUGGCCCUUCGCAGGUGUCUUUAGUCCAGUCCUGGAGGGAGGUGACAUUGGACUCAGUACCAAACUGAGUUGUGGGACAUCAGAAGAGGAGGAGGAGGAGUGGACGAGGGCGGGGUGCAGCCAUGUCGGUCCCAUGGCGUGAUGAAGACGAGGAGUCUAAGGUGGGAGGAGUAAGAGGAGGGACGAGAGCCAAACCGAGGUUCUCCUUCACUGAGGUCAAACUGCUGCUGGAGGCGGUGAAGAGGAACAGAUACAUCAUCCUCAGGAAGUUUAACCACGGCGUGUCGGCUGAAACCAAGAAACAGACCUGGGCUGAAAUCACGGAUCAGAUCAACGGUCUGGGAGAGAAUCACAGAGAGGUGCGUCAGAUCAUGAAGAAGUGGGCGGACCUCAAAUGUGAUGGAAAGCGGCGCAUCAUAGCCCUCCGAGGCCCCAAUGGUAAUACGAUGAGGAAGAAGAACCUGGGCCCCGUGGAGAGGAUGGUCCAUAAGAUAUUAAUGAUGAGUCCCAGAGGAGAUGGCAACAGUGAUCUGGAGUUUGGCGAAGACGACGACUUUUCAAAGCUUUACAGUAAAGACCCACCGUCUAACCCUCCUCCCUACUCCUACCUCAACCUGACAGACAGUUCCUACUCUCUACCAGGAGGAUCCUCCUUUGACAUUUCUCCUCUUUCCUCACCAGAGAAAGAACUCGGUGGCGAUCCUUUCCAUUCCUCCUCUGACUUUGACUUAGACCUGGCUGACGAUGGAGAACGUAUGACGGAUUUUGACGAAAAUGAGGACUCCACAUUCUCCUCCUACCCUCCCUCUCUUCCCCCGCCCUCCUCCACCUCCCUGGACCCCCUGCCUGACAACGCCCUGCUGAGGAUCAAGCCGGUCCACACCUACUCCCGAAACAACAGCCAGAACAACACCUCGUCCAGACCUCCACCUGGACCCUCCUCCUCUGUGGCCUCCACCUCUUCCGUUUUUCCUGAUGCAGACGCCGCCUCGUACUCUGCUGCGCCUCCCCCGUCGCAGUCCCCCACAAGCUCAAACAUGACUGCCUCCUCCGUCCCUGCUCCCCCCUCCUCCUCUGCUCUCCCUCCUGCCACCUCCUCUAAAUCUGUUGCGAGCAAUGACUCUACCUCUCACAACGCGCCCUCCACUUCCUCCAUCCCACCGCCUCCCGCUCCUUCUGCUUCCUCUGUUGCCGUGUCUUCUUCGUCCUCCGUUGCUGCCUCCUCUUCUGUCCCCUCCUCCAACUCUCAUCAGCCUUCUCCCUCCUCCUCCUCAGUCCUCCCACCCAAUCAUACCAGCACCUCAGGCUCAAACCCCUCUGACCCUCUGCCAGCUGGAGCGUCCUCCCGCAGGGCCCACGACCACGUGGCCCAGAUGGCCUCUCAGAGCCUCCAGCAGCAGCGAGCCAGCAGGAUGCUUCUGACCUCGGUGUCUCAGUCUCUGGAGACGUUGGCUCAGUCCGUCCAGCUGCUGGUGGAGAGCCAGCAGGAGUUUGUGCAGGAGUCUCUGCUGCUGCAGAGGGAGACAGUGGACAUCCUGAGAGAUUUCUCCAACACCACGCUGACUAUGCUUAGAGACAAAGCCAACAGUGGACAAAUGGCGACACAUCAUCAUCAUCAUCAUCCCGCUUCACGCUUCUGAAAAAUAGAGCUUUCAAAAGAGACGACAUGUGCAGGAUGGAAAGCAACCACGAGCCACGUGCAGGUAAAUGUUUGCGUUAGGAGUAGAUGACAGGCAGCCAGCCACCACGUGGAGUCCUUCUGAUGUCAACAUCUAAUCAUGACAGAGACUUUUCUAGCCACCAUCGCUGCUGGACAGAAAGUUGCUUUCCGUUGCUGAAAAUGGGACUAAAUGCACCAACACGAGCAGUUUCAGUGUGUCCAGGUGAACGAGAGGUUUGACUUUGAUACGUCAGACGAGCAGACUGCUGACUGAUGGAGGCCGAGAUACGUUGCACCUUCUUCAUAGUAAAACCCAGUCUGCGUGUGCACAUCCUCACACUUUAUAUGUUCAGUGCUCAUUUACUACUGAAACUUGGGGCUGUCUUGCAGCAUCCUGGUGGUAGAGCGUAUCCAUAGAAACGAUUGAGCUCCUCUUGCAUGUCCUUGGCGUCCCUUAGCUCCCUCCUGAGCCCUGGUACUCCAUGGAAAGCAGCUUGGAGCAGAGGUAGUGGAGCCACAGCAUGUUGUUAUGGGGGUGGUCGUUACUCCAGGUGUUUGCAUUCUCCCGUUCCAUCAGUCUGUCAGCCCCCUGGCCCAUGGACAGCUCGUCAUCCUUUGAGAUAUCACAGCACACUGUCAGAUCACCGGUUUCUGGUCUGGAGAGAGUAGUCAAUGAGGCAGACCAGCAUCAGUCCACUUUCCAGAGAGUUUGAGUUUGGAGGCUGUUCGCCGCCGAUGUCACCGUUUCAUUGCUGCUCUCUAGGUCGAUGCCUUCAAACUCAAACUCCAGGAUUAUGAAUAGCUGAUCCUUUUCUAUCGUUCUCACAGCCUUUCUGCUGGUCGAAGGUGUCCAAAGCAUAUAGGAAAUCGGGAGGGCAGCAGCCUUGAACACAGUGGAGGUCUUUGAGUCCCGUAAAUCUGUGAGUCUGCUUCUCCUGCUUCUCUUAGGAGCUGAAAAAUAAACAAGUUAGUGUUAAAACAGUCGUAUUUUCUCCUUUCUUGCUGGGAUACUGGCUGUGUGUGUAGUACACAAGUACAGUGGCAUGCAAAGUUUUGGGCACCCUGGUCAAAAUGUGUUACUGUGAAUAGCUAAAUGAGUAAAAGAUGAUGAUUUGUUGGUCUUCCAGACCUCAACUGGACCUCCACAGCUCCUGUUUACUGAUUACAAACUGAUGGAAACAGCAACCUGAACAUGUUGCUCUUCUAUCGUCUCCUGCUUUGUGGCCAUCGUUUAUUUAAAGUCUCUGAGUGCAGGCUGCUGCUUAGAGAUUAUUUAUAAAUCGCAUUUAUUUAUUCAUAUACCACAGCUCACAUGAUGCAGGCUCGACGUGCUUCACACCCUCAACAAAUAUGAACAAAGUUAAAUAGAACUCGAAUGCAUGAACCAGUUUUUCAGCAGCUCUCACUCACGGAGACCAGAUGGAGUUAACUUUGGAGAAAAUGCUGUCCUGGUGGUAAAAUGUUGUCCUAGUUAUACUUGCAGUGUGGUUUGUGAAGUUGAGUUCUGAAUCAAGGUAACAGCUAGAUUUCUUGCCUGCUCACUGCGUUUCAGAGACAGUGAGACCAGUUUGGACUGGAUCUCCUGUCUCUGAUCUCCAGCAGCUGCCAGAACGAUCUCAGUCUCGUCUUUGUUUAACUGCAGCAAGUUUUCAGUCCUCCAGUUGUCUGAUGAUGAUGAUACAUUGACAAGGUCAUUGACAGGACUGAGGUCAUUGUUAGAAAGGAUGUAUAUUGUGCUUCUGUGUGAUGGAACCACUUGGCCUUUUCUAAAGACUGAGCCCUAACAAGCCGAUUAAGGUCAGAGACCUUGAUAAAAGUUGUCAGCGCUCAAACUUUCACACGGUGCUCGUUUCCUUUUAUUCACUGUUAAUUUGUACAAAACAAAAAUAAUACACUGAUCUUGCUUGAAAAGGUCAUUUUUUACUCCCUUUGCUAUUCACAAGGUGAAAUUUUCACCCAAAAGGUGGCAUGCUACAGUAUCUGUGAUUAGUCCGUUAGUAGGUCGUUUUUGUUUUUUAAUUAAUUAGAUUUUAUUCCAAACAUGUAACAAAUAAGAAAACAAAAGAAGAAUAACCAGUGAAAUGAUCAGUAAGAUUAUUCUUAAGCUAACCGACAUCAGGGCCCCGAUCAUCCUGUCAGACUCCUGCAGACAGUUCAGUCCAGUCAGCUGUACAGUGACACAGGAUGUGAGAUUUGGCUGAUUAUAAACUGGAUCUUAUAGAGCUGGCUGUAAAAUAUGGAAGUAUUCAUUUAAUAUUGUUGAAACAUACUGUACUGUCCUCAGGGGGAGGGAGUGAGAGCAUGGACACAAGUGUAGAUGUGACACACAGAGUUACUCUGCAGUUCUCUGCUUUAUCAGUCUAGUGUCUGAUCUCCCCUGCAGACUAGAUCCAGACAAACCGGUCCAACGUGGACUGAAUCCACAUCGGUCGUUCCGUACGUGCUGCAGAUGGAAUGGCUUUGUCCUCGCUGCGCUGCGAGGAUACAGAAGCUGUGAUAAUCUGCUCGUGGGUCACCUGUCUGGCCGGUGCUGUCUCACUUCCUGUUCUUCUCCACAGAGGAGAGCCGGGCCAGAUCAGGUCUCACGGGUAGAUUAACAGCAACAUGUGUUGAGGAAGCGGAUCACACGAUUGGUCACAGUGUUUUGUUUUUGAAAGAACGUUACCAGCGGAAACAGAGUUUUAAAACAUGAUAUCAGAGAACAUUUAUUUAUGUGCCUGAAUCUUUUUCAUCUGUAUUUACUGUUUGUGUUUUCCAUUCAUAUAAAAGGUUGAGCUGCAGGAGUCAACCCACAUGAACUCAGACUGACUGCACUGUGCUGAUAAAAACAGAUGAAGACACGCUCGUUCUAGUCUCGCGCUUCAUUUACUUCUCGAGUGCACUGCAGCGCUCGGUGUGAGUGUCCCGAUUAAUGAAAGGAAACGAACAAACAAGUGUAACAUCAGUAGAAUAUCAGAGCACUGACCCUGCGUUUGAGCUCCAGGGUGGGGUCAUCCCUCAGGCCGUCAGUGCCGCUCAGCUCAGAGCUCACUCCUGGUUUGGUGUUUGGCUCAAAGGCGACGCGGCAGGAGCUGUUCAGACAGAGCAGGAAGCAAAUCCUCGUUAACUGGCCUUUUUUGAUGAAACAAGUUAGUGUCUCCUAACGGUCCUGUUGAGUCAUUUUGCCAAAUAUAGGACAAAUAAUUCUCAGAUCCUGUAAUUUAUCUGUAACCUGCUUCCAAACUGCCUCAGCGUCAUGGUCAGAUCAGAGAUUAUGCUUUUAUUUAUUGACUUUUCUGUCUCAAGUUGAACUGAGUGGAGGAGGCUGAUUACUGAUCAGUCUUUAAAUCUGCCCAAUAACUGGCUGUUAGGUCAUCAGGUCAGAGCUGACGGAGCUAAAAACAGAAGGAACAGCUGUUAUCGUGUGGUCAGAGGGCUCCUGUGGCCGUGGGGGAACAUGAAUAAGUAUUAUUUUUAAAGUAAGUAACAGUGGAGUAAAAAUAAACUUCCCUAAAGGGUAUUAAUAAAGUAUUUAUUGAAGUGAUGUCUAAUUCUGAUAUUUAACCACUCUUGGUACAAAGUCCUUCAGUUCUGCUGACAUUGUGCUGAAGUAUUUUAUUCCUGUAUUGAGCAGGUAAACCCUGAGUCAGCAUUUUUUUUUAUUCUAAUGUUAUUUACUGUCAUGUCGACUGGACAAAGUCUGCACUUUAAGUCUCCACAAACCAGUUUCUGCGCUUUGAUUGUCUGCUGGGAGUUAAUCUGAACGCUGCAUUGGCAGGUUUGCAGUAGAUACAGAGAUGGACGGAGCUAAAUCCUGCUGUGGGUCACGACUUCCUUCAGACCGUCAGUAUUGUGGGUUCACCUUUGGGUUCACCCCCGGUGUUGAACCGGAGAGCUGCAGUUUGUUCUCUGAUCUGUGAUCAGCCGUCUCUCACAGAUGAUUCAGAAACGUGCUGGUUAACGAUGCUUUUCAACAUUUUUAAUUCAUUUUCUGUCAAGAAGAAGAAGUGUUAUAUUCUGCAGCGGAUGAAGGAAAACCUUUGUAAAACUGUAGCUACUAAUGGAAAUAUCCAGGGGGGAAGUCUUAACAUAAACAUUUCAUAACGUAGAAUAAGCUUCGACUCCUUGAACAUCAGCUUUCUCUUUCCUUCAUGAGCUUUUCUGGAAAUACACGACAGCCCCAACGUAAAACCCUCAGAGCCAACAAACAGUUCAGCUCAUGUCCGCGUGAAUCUUUGGGAUGUUGGCGGUGACUUGACGUUGAUGUGCUCAUUCGGCCUCCUUUGUGCUGCUCGUAGCAUCGUAUCCUCCACCUGCAGACCCCCCCCCACCAGCCGCUCUCUGACCAACUGACUGACCAAAUGACUCCUAACUGUCUGCUGUGACGCCGGGCUUUGUGAUGUUUCCUACAACCAGAUCCUGCCAAUAAAGAUUUUAUUAUUGAA